AUGUUUGCAGAACCAAAUCGAGGACAACAACGGCGUAGGGCUGAAAGUCCUACUCAGUCCAACGUCAUAAGCCAACAGUUGGAAACGAUCCUGAACCGUCUGACGGCAUUGGAGCAACAGACGACAUCAGUGGAGUGCCGACCAACGUCGCUGCGAGCUUCAACACUGGAAACAAGCUCUGAGACCGGAGACGUGCGGCGCGAUCUGUGUGAGGUACCCACACCUACCGAGAGACCCCUACCGUCUCCGGGUUCCACGGCAGCCACUAAAGAAGUUGCUGAGAAGUUUUUAGAGGCGAUAACCUCCUUAACCGCGGCUGUGAAACUGAUUGCAGCGAUGAACAAACUACAGCCUGGCAGAGUAGCCGCGAGGACGCUGCCUCGUCAGGAGAGGCCGUGUUAA